AUAUUCCUAAACCUUGAACGAUUGAAUCUUACAAGUGGUACCAGGGAUAGUAUAAUUAACUCAGCAGAACAGUCUAGAUCAAGCUACUACAAUUGCAGAUCAAACAUACACUCCCUGUUGCAAAAAAUAGUAACUCAAGAAAACUCGAAGAAUUCCUACCACCUUCCCACUCUUGGAUUGCAUUUUACCUGUGUGGAAUCUCGAAUUUAACCAUCCUGACAUUUACAUAGAAAAUCCUACACACACAUCAAAUUCAAUCUUGAAACAUCACUAGACGAACCCCUCCGAUCCUUGACCCAUCACCUUUGAUUUAUGAUUAAUUAAGAUACAUCCAUCCUAUAUACGAACAAUCUUCCCAUUUGCAUAUUUUUUUUUACUACAACAAAAACUAAUACUAUAAUGACACCAGCUUACCUUUUACUCCUUCUAGGAGCAUUAGUAACACCCACAUAUGCCGACGAUUGGACGGCAUUGGGAUGUUUUUCCAGAUCAUCAGUAUCAGCAUCAUCUGCUGGGACGUAUAUCUACCAAAGUUCUGGGUACUGUCAACAAGAAUGUGGUGGAAAAAGAAUAGCUGCCUUGAUUAACGGUAACCAAUGCUACUGUGGUGAUCUGGACCCACUGGACAGCGUGGAUAAGAAAUACUGUAAUAAACCUUGUCUGGGUUACGGCUUGGACAUGUGCGGUGGAGCCAAUUAUUUCACCGUGUACGUCAACUCAGAUGUUGAUAACGAAGGCGACAGCGACGAUGAUCUGAGCAGUACUACUAAGAGCACCAGUAGCAGCACCAGUACAAGUAGCAGUAGCAACAAGACUUCAUCGACCAGCUCAGCUUCAUCCACGACAUCUUCGUCUCAAACACACACCACCGUGGUUUCUACAAUUACUGAUUCUGAAGGAGGCGAGCCUUCGGUUAUUUACAAAACCGUUGUCCAAACUCCAAGCCAUUCUUCAACAUCUGAAACACCAACUGAAACUGAAACUGAAGCAGAAGAAACCACCGCUGCUGCAGACAACAAUAACAAAAACAACGACAAGAAUAAAAAUCAAUCCAAAUCAAUUUCCGGUGGUGCCAUUGCGGGUGCAGUAGUUGGUGCAGUUGCCGGUGUUGGAGUAAUUGCGGCCUUGAUCUUCUUAUUCGUACGUUAUAGAAAGAAGAAGGAAGAGGAUGAGUUCGAUGAUAUUUUUUCAGUAGGUGAAAACAAGAAUGACAUGUCCCCAAGGAAUGGACCACCUUCCGAUCCUUUCCUGAGAGGAGGAGGCUACAACCAAUACAGCAACAACCGCGCUCCAUCUCAACAACACACACAGCGAGAUUCUAGACACCUCAGUGUGUAUGGCCAUGACUACAAGAGCAGUAGUGGUACAAGCAAUGGUGACCACAUAUAUUCCGACGAAUUUGCAUUCAAUGAUAGUAAUUUGUCUCCUCCUCACCACCCAGAAUAUGGAAGGAGGAAGUUAAGUACGGGGUCCUUACCAGAUAUGAUAGACAGGCGACCAGGUUCAUUGAAAGUCGUAAACAACUAGUUGCUACCAAAAAAAAAUUCUUUUAUUCCGUUAUAUUUAUUUCUUCAUUUCGUGGGUUAAUUUUCAUUUGAUCUUUUUUUGCUAGAAAAGCAGUUUCUGCAUAUAUUUUUAAUGUGUAUGUACGAUUUUAUAAGCAUGUGUAUAUUAAUUUUAUAUCGUUAUAUGAUAAUAAGAGCAUUGAUCUG